GCGCUGCUAAAUCAAGUGUCUGCAUGCCAAAAAAAUAACAACAACGAUGGUUCCUUCAUCAAAACUGCUUGCAAUCUGAAUGAUAACAACGAGUCAAUGAAUGGAGCCAGUUACGAUGGCACCUUACAGUAUUCGAACACACUCCUCAAUGAUACUCUGAUGAAUCCGGUCAUCGCUCAAGCCACAUCAGCCAAACAGAAGUUCCCGAACGGACGUAAGCUGACACGAUUAACUGACCGCACUGAUGUUCCAUCAACCGAUAGUGGUUGA